UGAAAAUCUUUCUUCUACUAUACAAAGCCAAACUCAUCAUCUGAUUCUCUCUCCAAACAGGAAAGAGAGAAAAAUGGCAUUAGAAGCAUGUGUACAAGCAAGCAGCAUUGGUACCGCCACUACCAAUGCAUGUAUCACAUGCUAUUCUCAUUUUCCUAAGGAAAAGCUCCAUUUGCCGACAUGUCGAGGGAUGAAAAUCCCCUCUCUUUCCUUCUCUGCUUCUUCUACUUCUGCUUUGAUACCUGCCAAACGUCCUUCUUCUUCUUCUUUCGUUUGCCAAGCUCGAAAUACGGUCAACGAAGUUCUAGUAGCGACUGACAAAAACUGGAACGAGCUUGUGGUGGGCGGGGAGACACCGGUCCUAGUAGAAUUCUGGGCUCCAUGGUGCGGUCCAUGCCGGAUGAUUGCGCCGGUAAUCGACGAGCUGGCCAAGGAAUAUGCAGGGAAGAUCAUGUGUUACAAGCUGAACACGGACGAUUGCCCGAGUAUCGCGACGCAGUACGGGAUUCGGAGCAUCCCAACAGUGUUGGUGUUCAAGAACGGAGAGAAGAAAGAGAGUGUGAUCGGUGCAGUGCCUAAGGCCACCUUGACUGCAACCGUUGAGAAGUAUUUGCAAGAUUGAUUCAAACAUCAUUAGUAUCCAUUAAUUAAUUAUUAGUUUUACAA